AUGUUUAGCUCGCGGAGUUGGCUGUCACUCAACGGAUUACUGUUGUUGUGCUUAACAACUUUUGCAUAUUAUACAGAUGCUCAAGAAUUGAAUGGCCCUGUCAUAAUCCCCUCAGAAAAUGAAAUAACCUUACAAAAAGGACAAAAUUUCACUAUACUAUGUAGAUCUAACCGCCCGGUCCAAAUUAAACAACAGGAAAUACCUGAGGAAGUAGUUGAAACUUUUAGUAUGGUCCUGAGAAACGAAACGCGCUCUGACUCAAAAUAUAAGUAUGAGACUGCUUUAGACCUGAUAAAUGUGGAUCAGUUAGCAGUAGGUUACUAUGCCUGUUUCGAUGACACUCUUAACGCGACUGACGUUCUAACAAACUUAAGAGAAGAACCUAGCAACACCGAACACGCAUCAUACAUAUAUAUUUACGUGGAUGGGACAAAUAAUAUAUUCGCACCAAUGAGGGAGAUUGUACUGUCUAGAGGCAACUCAAAAGUUGUAAUUGAAUGCAAACCUACCACACCCGAUGUUAUUGUUACGUUGAUGGGGCUGCAGAGUAACAAGACGCCAGAUUACUAUAAGUAUUCCCCAAAGAUUGGAUUUUUAAUGAAAAUCAAAGAGCCCAGUUAUAAAUGCAUUGGACAGCGCGACAAACAAACAUUUUGGAAGUUUAUCCUCACUAAUAACGACGUUCAACCUCCUACACCGAGUAUAACAGGAGACUCCGCGUUUUUCCUGAAAGGUGAAACUUUUUCUCUAAACUGUACAGUCACUUAUCAGGCCAACACUGCUGUUGUUCUCAAAUGGGAUACACCGAAAGGCUUUACAGAUAAUGUUAUAAAUGAAACGAAUGAACGAGAAAUAACAGGAGGAUUUUUGUAUAACAAUAUUACCAUUGUGAAUGCGACUGAGGAAAACGCUGGAAGCUAUAUAUGUGUAUCGAUAAAUAGGAACGGAGAGCGCGAGAAGGUUUUUAGGAAAAUAUAUAAAGGCACAGAAGGUUUUAUAAAUCUUACAAAAGGAAACCCCGUGAAUCCAUUAGAAACAUGGCAGGGUAUGAUAAAGCUACACGUGAAAGUCACAGAUUAUCCACCAGCUGAUUUUGCUGUAAUUCGCGAUGGUGUCGAAUUGCCAACCGACACCACAAAGUAUUAUUUGAGCAUCAACCGAGGCAGCGUUGACUUUUCCAUUUACGACCUAAAUAUUAACGAUACAGGAAAUUACACUAUUGUCGCCCAGAACGAUUAUGUUAUAAAGAAUGUAACGUACGACCUGCGACCGAAAGCUUUGCCAACGAUACAUUUUGGACGAAACGUGGACAAAAAGUACUUGAUUGACCAAGUCGCGACGUUGGAAUGUCAGGCUAUCGGUUACCCUCAACCGACUAUAGAUUGGGUAUUCACUAACGAAAUUGGUCAGGAGAAAGCACUAAAGGCCCAGAUGAUAUCCGAAUCAAUAAUAAAAACAACAUCCAGACUACAAAUACCAGUUCGCACGUCUGGUAACGUAACGUGCCACGCCACGAACAGCAUGGGCCACGUAUCUGAAUCUAGAAGGUUUCUGGCAUACGAUAUCCCAGGUGGAUUUGGCGUAAAAGACAGCGAAAACGGGAGGUUCUCGGAGAAUCAGAGAGUUGUGUUGCAAUGCUAUGCGUCUAAGUAUGACUUCUAUAAUGUCACUUGGAUUACAGCGGAAGGCGAAUGGUUGGAUGACGCAAAUUUAAUACACACAAAAUUUUCAUUAGUCUCCCAGUUGAUAUUUGAUAAAAUAUCUCUGAACGAUGCUGGGAAUUACACAUGCGUUGGAUUUAGGAUGGACGACACAGAGGAAACUUAUAUGAUACCUGUGUCUGUAAUUGAACAACGAUUACCGGAAAUACUGUUUCCGGAAGUAAGUGAAAAGCAAGUUGAAGUUAAUCCUUACCAACCAGUGCAACUAACCUGUCAGGCUGACGCGGUGCCUCCGCCCAAAAUCGUCUGGUAUAAGGACGGGAUGCCGGUAGAAAAUGACACAAAUGUGGCCAUCUUACCAAUCAGCUUAAGUUUUACAACUUUAAACUCGACAGUCGAUAUUAAAAGAAUGAUGCAAGAUAACGCGGGAAAAUAUGAAUGCAUUGUUAUCAGUGGUGAUGAAAAAAUAAGCAAAUAUUACAACUUAUUUAUAAAAGAAACACCGACUUACAAAGGCUUGUUAAGCGGUGUGGGAGUUGUGGUAUUUCUCCUUAUUAUCUUAGUAGCCUACUUGGUGUGGAGAAUACGUAAGAUGAAGCAGUUCAAGAGAGAGCUAGCAGCAGCUGGGUUGCUGUACUUCAAGGAAGGUGUACCGAAAUCUAUCAAUCCAGACCUUGGAAUAGACGAACAAGCUGAAUUACUGCCGUAUGAUGAAAAAUUUGAAUUCCCAGCGGAGAAGCUUAAAAUUGGCAAGCAGCUUGGAGCAGGAGCUUUCGGAGUUGUAUAUAAAGCUGAUGCUAGAGGAAUAGUCAACGCAGAAGAAUCAACUACAGUCGCUGUGAAAAUGGUGAAGAAGACCGCCGACAAUAUGUACAUAAAAGCAUUAGCUUCUGAACUAAAGAUCAUGGUGCACUUGGGAAAACAUAUUAACAUCGUCAACUUGUUGGGUGCUUGCACGAAAAACGCUGGAAAGAGGGAAUUAAUAGUAAUUGUUGAGUACUGUAAGUUCGGUAACAUUCACAAUUAUUUAAUACGUCAUCGGGAGGUCUUUAUUGAUCAACUAACGGAUGAUAAAGAGAAGAAUCUCGGAAAAGUCAACAAAGCGUUUUCCUACAGCAUCCCCAGUAGCGGCAUGCAUUCCGACUACUACGGAUCUAAUCAAACUCAGGCGACGGAACGUACAAGUCUCAACUCGACAAAUACGAAUAGAUCGGGGCGAAAAGUUUCAGAAACUGGAUACGUGCAGCCAGAGUGGAGGUCAAAUUACGAAUGUGAUUCCCUGUAUGAAGGUCGAAAACCACGACCACUUACCUCACGGGACCUUCUCGCCUGGGCUUUCCAAAUUGCGAGAGGAAUGGAAUACCUUGCUAGUAGAAAGGUUUUACACGGUGACUUAGCAGCAAGAAAUGUUUUACUGGCCGAAGACAAUGUUGUAAAAAUUUGUGACUUUGGUCUAGCGCGAAGCAUUUACAAAAACGACGAAUAUCAGAAGAAGGAAAAUAGUCCGUUGCCGGUGAAGUGGCUGGCAAUAGAAUGUAUGAUGGACCGAAUAUUCUCAACGCAAUCAGACAUUUGGUCCUUUGGAAUCGUAUUAUGGGAGCUGUUUUCUCUCGCUCAGACACCUUAUCCAAACAUCAGCCCGACAAACUUGCUAAAGUGGCUCUCAGAGGGCCAUCGUUUGGAAAAACCUGCUUACGCAGACGACAGACUUUAUGAUGUGAUGCUGAAGUGUUGGGAGCAGAAACCUACAGCGCGACCUUCCUUUUCCGAGCUGCAGCAAAUGUUAGGAACUUUCCUUGAAGAUAACGUUAGAAAUCAUUACGUUGAUCUGAACGCAGCGUAUACUGACUUAAAUAUAAAAGUAGAUGGACAACAAGAUUACUUAGCGAUGGUCUCCGCUCCGGACUACAAUAAUAUAGUAACGCCUAGUCCCCAUCAUUAUACAAAUGAUGCAAAUCAAUUUUUUCCGGUAACUACGCCGAAUCAAUUGGCUCACGACGACGAAGGGUACUUACAAAUGAGUCCACAAAAUCAACACAUAUUCAGUCCACGUUGUCCAAGCACCAAAUUUGAUUUUGACGCUCGUAAAUUGAACGCUAAAAUACCCGAUGUCAACGGUCACGGGUCAGACUUGCCCGAGGAGAGGACCCCGAUGCUUACCCUCAAUAAUCUACCUGGCAGGACAGGUUCCGAAUCUGACCAUGACGGAAGCCACUCCUCCUACCUUAACAUGCGCCCCCGAAUAGACGAAGAACCCGAUGAAGUCUUUGAAGCCAAAGAUUACAACAAGAAUACGAAAAAUAUUGCAGCGUCUAAUCCGACCUACAUUAUGUUUGAUAUAGAUAAGAAACCUCUCAAGAAUUCCAAUAAUUAUAUUAAUUGCGUGCCCAAUGGUCUAGUCAAAUAA